AUGGCAUUGGCAGCAGCGUCGUCAUCUCUUGCUCUCUUCCACAAACCUACCUGCAAUUUUUAUUUUCAACAUUCAUCUGAUCCAGCUUACACUAGUUCCGCUCGAUAUCAAAGAUGUAGCUUAAUCUUUCCUUUGAAUAGGAGGAGUCUUUGCUCUUUCUCUGCCCCUAAAACUAUGGCCUAUUUAGUCAAAACUCAUGCCUUGAGAGACGGCGAAGAAGAACGGUUUGAGACGCUCGAGCAAGAUGCUUUCAUUAAUAAUCCGUCGAAUGAUUUGGUCGGUGUUGGGAUCAACGCCGCCGCUAAUCGUCUGAGCAAAUGGGUUGUAGCUGCUCUGUUUGGAUCAGUUCUGCUUCUAAGACAUGAUGGUGCAUCCUUGUGGGCUGUCAUUGGCUUUAUUUCCAACUCUCUGCUUUCGGUUACUCUAAAACGCAUACUUAACCAAGAGAGACCGGUUGCAACAUUGCGUUCUGAUCCUGGGAUGCCAUCCUCUCAUGCUCAAUCCAUUUCUUUCAUCUCUCUCUUUACCCUCUUCUCUGUUAUGGAGUGGCUUGGAACUAAUCCACUCUCUCUGUUCCUUAGUGGCUUCAUCCUCGCAUUGGCUUCUUACUUUACAUGGUUAAGGGUGUCUCAGAAGCUUCACACGACCAGUCAAGUGGUGGUGGGUGCCAUCUUUGGUUCUGUUUACUGCACCUUAUGGUACAUCACUUGGAAAUCACUUGUUCUCCAAGCUUUUGCCUCAUCAUUCCCAGUACAGAUAGCCGUCUUUACGGUUGCUGCUGCAUCUGCCUUAGGUUCUGCAGUUUAUGUGCUACUAAACUGGUCCAAAGAAGACAGAUGACAUGUUAAAUGCUUUAAUAGUAUUCCUUUUGAUUCCACAUUGUCUGAGCUACAUAGUAAUCACCCUUACCACUUAAAGAGUUAAGGAUCACAAAUUUGAGUCGA